ACGAGGUCACGUGGUCUCUCGACACACACACUUGUAGUUCACUAGUUGUCCCGUUACUGUCGGUGUGUGAGAGCAGAGGAGAGCCGGGGACCAUGGAUGAGGACGUGUCUGUCUCUGAGGACACUUUAACCUGUGCUCUCAGUUUGCUGCUCAACCUGAGCGAAGUUCUGCUGCAGACAGCCCGGCAGGAAGCAGCAGAGUCCCUGGAGAAGUUCGUCCCCCAUAAGAUCUCCAUUUUAUUCGGCCUGAUCACAGCCGGAGCAGACUUCUACAAAAGCCUCAGAGUGAAGAAGAGGAGCGAGGCAGAGGCCAUAUGGAAGAAGUUUUAUCACAAUGCCACAGUGAGAGAUAAGGUGGAGGAGCUUCUGCAGCUGGAGUCAGAGUGGGACUCCUUCCUGGAGAGCGUGGACGGAGGCCUGCAGACGACAGACAGACAGCUGUCAGGAGGAAAGAUGGCCACCAGCCUGAGCCCCGACACGGCCUUCACUGACGGGCGCAGCGGAGAGAGUGUGACUCUGGGUCAGUUCCUGGGUCGGGGGGAGAAGACUCUGCUGGUUCUCAUCAGACAUUACGGAUGACUGCCGUGACGAGACCACGUGGCCGAGCUGAAGGACAAACUGGCUGUCCUGGAGGCUCGGUCAGUGCGGGUCGUGGUCGUUGCUUUCGGGGGUUUGCAGGGAGCUCAGGUGUGGAGGGAGCAGACUGGAUCUACCUUCGACAUGCUGCUGGAUCCACAGAGGAAGGUCUACAGGAGUUUCGGCCUCGGCUCGUCCUACGCGAAGGUGAUGAGGUUCGGCUGCCUGCUGCAGUACUCAGAGUACCCAGCCGUGGACAGAGACUUCCCCGACAUGCCCCCCCCACAUGCUGAAGGACAUCUACCAGUUGGGAGGAGACUUCUUGCUGGAUGAAGCGGGGAAAGUCCUCCUCUGUCACCCGUCUAAAAGCCCGAUGGACCGGCCGAAGUGUGGAGGACAUCCUGCAGGCCGCCGGCCUCCUCUAACUCUAAAUCUAAUCUCUAAUCUAACUAAAAGAUAUGUGAACUAAAGUGGUUACCGCCAUCACCGACACCACAGAAGAAGAGCAGCUCUUUUGUCUCACGUUAAUGACGUCACGACUACGCUCUCAUGACUCCCAUGAAGAGACGUGACCGAUGCAGAACAGUGAGGCAGAGACAUCUGGUCUUCUCUGUGUCUCCAUGUGGCCUUAAACAAUAAACAUUUCUGACUACAUGUUUUAAUGCAGACACUUUUUUUAGAUAAAUCUGCUAUUACAAUACAAAUAAUUGCUGCUUGUACAACAAAUCUGUUCAUAUAUAUUUGUAUAAAUUAAUAUUAAUGUUCAUGAU